GUCCUCAGACGUGCUGCUGGCUGCUCGCGCCACCGGACGCCGACGACAACGACGAGGGAACCGAACGCAGCGGUGCGCGGAGGACAGCUGAGCUCAGGAGGGGAGUCUGUAGAGGUCCCGCACUGAGGAGAGGAGGAAGAGGAGGAAGAGCAGGAGGAGGAGGAGGAAGAGGAGCUCAGGGGCCGCUCACACCUGGAUGCCCCUGUGGUCGCAGCGCUGCUAUGAGGACAGGUUCCUUCUGAGUGGGAGAAGGCCGCCAGAGAGCCGAUGCCAUGGACGUGUUGAACUACACUUCCUGGAACGCCUCGGAGGGCAACGAGACGCAGGCGGCGGCGGAGGAUGAGGCCGAGAGCCCCUACAAGACGGUGGAGGUGGUGUUCAUCGUGCUGGUGGCCGGCUCCCUCAGCCUGGUCACCGUCAUCGGGAACAUCCUGGUCAUGCUCUCCAUCAAGGUGAACCGCAACCUGCAGACGGUCAACAACUACUUCCUGUUCAGCCUGGCGUGCGCCGACCUCAUCAUCGGCCUGUGCUCCAUGAACCUGUACACGGUGUACAUCGUGAUCGGCUACUGGCCCCUGGGGCCCGUGGUGUGCGACCUGUGGCUGGCCCUGGACUACGUGGUGAGCAACGCGUCCGUCAUGAACCUGCUGAUCAUCAGCUUCGACCGCUACUUCUGCGUCACCAAGCCGCUCAGCUACCCCGUCAAGCGCACCACCAAGAUGGCGGGCAUGAUGAUCGCGGCCGCCUGGGUGCUGUCCUUCGUCCUCUGGGCGCCGGCCAUCCUCUUCUGGCAGUUCAUCGUCGGGGGGCGCACCGUGCCCGAGAGGGAGUGCUACAUCCAGUUCUUCUCCAACGCCGCCGUGACCUUCGGCACGGCCAUCGCCGCCUUCUACCUGCCCGUCAUCAUCAUGGUCAUCCUCUACUGGCGGAUCUCCAAGGCCAGCAAGAGCCGCGUGAAGAAGGACCCCCGGAAGGCCCCCAACCCGGAGCCCCGGUCCCCGCGGGCCGCCCUCCCCACGGCCAACAACAACAACCUGGCCGCGGGGCCCGCCCUCUCCCAGACCGCCGCCAGCACCACGGAGGACGCGUCCCAGCCGCACGACGCUCGGCUGCAGAACGGGAAGGGCCCGUCCUCCGCCGGCGAGGGCGAGACGGCGGGCGACGAGGCGGCGGCCAGGGACCACCCCGGGGAGGAGAAGGAGAGCUCCAACGAGUCCAGCUCCGGCAGCGCCGCCGCGUCCCACCUGCCCGACGAGGAGCCCACCACCUCCAGGCCCGACGCCGCUCCCGGCGGAGGCGCCGCCGACGGCAACCAGCAGACGCAGCCGCGGCAACGCGCCAAGACGGGGGUCUCCUCCAAGCUCACCUGCAUCAAGAUCAAGACCAAGUCCCCCAAGGGCGACUGCUACACCCCCGCCAACCAGUUGACGGUGGAGAUCGUGCCGGCCUCCGAGCGGCAGAACCACGUGGCGCGCAAAAUCGUGAAGAUGACCAAGCAGCCGCCCACCAAGAAGAAGAAGGCGCCUCCGUCGCGGGAGAAGAAGGUGACGCGCACCAUCAUGGCCAUCCUGGUGGCGUUCGUGGCCACCUGGACGCCCUACAACGUCAUGGUGCUCAUCAACACCUUCUGCUCCAGCUGCAUCCCCAACACGGUGUGGACCAUCGGCUACUGGCUGUGCUACAUCAACAGCACCAUCAACCCGGCCUGCUACGCCCUCUGCAACGUCACGUUCAAGAAGACCUUCAAACACCUGCUGCUCUGCCAGUACCGCAACAUCAGGGCCGGCCGGUGAACCGAGUGAAGGGAGAGAGUGUGUUUAGGAAGCUUUGUUUUUAGUGUGUGGUGGUGUAUGCAGUGUGUGUGUGUGUAUGCAGCGUGUGUGUGUGUGAAUCCGAGUAUCUCUCUAUGUGUGUGCUUGUGGAAGUAUGUGUCUGCGCAUGUGUGUUUGUAUUUCUGCGAGUAUAAGAGCGCGUGUGUGUGUGUGUGUGUGUGUGUGUGUGUGUGUGUGUGUGUGUGUGUGUGUGUGUGUGUGUGUGCAGGUCUGACUGCAAGGGUGAUAAUUAGAAAGGCGUGUUUUUCUUUGUCGUUGACACAAUUACCUAUUGUAGCACUUUACACUCACCCCACUAUUGAAACACGUCGUCAGCCGAGCGGAUCGCCGGUGCAGGGAGGACGCUCCACGGACUCGCGGACGCAAAGAGUGCAAAGUUCAAAGGUGAAUAAGCUGGCGUGGAUCGAACCAGCGGACCACAUCAGCAGCGGGACAGUGGGGGCGAGAGAGGGAACGACAACCCAUCAGAAACGUGGGAACAUCUGUACCGUUGAGGAAUCUUAGAGGACGGGAUUUCAAUGGGAAAACAGGGCUGACUGAAUGACCAACCUCGACCGGUUACAAUUCAGUGAUGAUAACUGUAGAUACCUGUAUAUACAUCUGCGUGUACUCAAUGUGUGUUUACUUCUUGUGUUAAGGUGUGUGUGCGUGGGGGUUUGUGUGUGUGUGUGUGUGUGUGUGUUCUUGCGGUGCCUCUUUGCCUCCGUCUUUCCCCCGCCCCCCCCCCGUCGAUCAUCGGCUGCCGGAGAGUCGAUGAUGUAACGGAGGACUACCCCCUCCAUCCUUCCUCUCACUCCCACUGAACGACAGUAGCACUGAUUCAAGGAUGAUGUGAUUGGCCCAGCCGUCGCCACCCAGGCCCUUGUAUGGCAUUGGGCAAACUGCCGAGCCCGUCUAGUCACACGGCCGUCUCCGGAUCAGGACUCUGGGGGGUUCCUAGGGGAUGACAUCCGAACAAAGAACAUUAGCCUCUUACUGCUUACAAAACAACACUUUUAUCCAAAGUGAAUUCCAUUUGAAACAUGGUGAAGGAGCCGGUAGGACAUGGUGGCCAUGUGGGAGUCCCAUGGGGGGGGGGUCCAUCCCAAAACAUAUUGGCUGGGACUCAAACGCCCUAACCCUAAGCCUACGCCUAGCCUACGCUAACCAGCCUCUUGUUUAGUAGGAUCCCAGAAGAAUGACAUAAAUGGUUGAACAUCAUUUCAAACUAAAGUUACACUCGGGCAGAGAGGAUGAGGGUCCGGUGAGAAGUGUUUGGAUCACAUUAUUAAAUUAGGCGGUUGGUAUACCUGGUUCCUCCAGUACAUCACACAGCGGCUCCAUGACUGAUCUUAUCUCACGUGGAGAUAGAAGAGACUUUGUUCGCAGUAAACUUAUCAGAACCCUCCCCUCGGAACACUAACCCCCCCGAACCCUAACCCCCCUUAACCCUAACCCCCCUGUGAGGGACCGACCCGGUCAGCCCAAGAAAUUAGUGAAGUUUUAUUUCCUGAAAAAAAGUCAAAAAAUAAAUACACUAAAAAUAAAUCCAGCGUUCCAAAUUAUAAAUGAAUAUCUCAAAAAGUUUUUAGCAACCUAGUAACUCAGCAUAGCAUAUUUUAGCAUAGCAUAGCAAACAGUUAGCAUACCAUAGCGUUUCUUGUACUGGCCUUGCAUCAAGCCAGCACCUACCCUCACUCAACUCAACACAAUGAGAAACCUCUUAAAUAAGGACAGGAAAUUGGACCAAUCAAGGCCAGUUGGGCCAUACCACUAACAUGGGGGUACAUUUCCUAACCCUAACCCUGGCCAAGGCUAGAUGGAAUGACCUACUGCCCCCUACUGCGGCGGAAGUACAAUUCCAACCAGCAGUAUGCUCGUUAGUGAGACAGUGAGAAGGGGUUUCACUUUCCCCCCUCCCUCACCCGAACCCCCCCUCACCCUGACCUCCCUCACCCUAACCCCGUGAACCCUGACCCCCCUGAGCCCCCUUACCCUAACCCUCACGGCCCACCAGGGGGUGGAGGAUGAGACGAUUGGGAUCUCUGUGGUGAUUCGCUGAUUUGUGUUCAUGUGUCACAAUAUGUGCUGCUAUUGGAUGAGAGAAAGUGUGUCUGUGGGCGGGUGCAAUAGAGUGAUACCAUGUAUGGUGGUGUGUGUUUGGUGUGUGGUGUGUGUGUGAAUCGAGAGAUGUGUGCAAGCACUCCUAGAAUGGAGUUUACUUCUAAUCACAGGUCCGAACCUUGUGACUUAACUAAGGGCUAUAUCCACAUGUUCAACGUUUCAUCAACUUUUACUGUUACCCCAUCCAUCUCAUGUUCAUCCUCGACAUAUUCAUCCAUUAAUGUUCAGGAAUGAGUGUGUGUGACACAAUUGUGCCACAUAAGUAUUGUUUUGAUCGACUGGGAUGCACGGGCCCUCUUCCCAGGGCUGCGUAGAUUUUGGUUCGGAAAAGUGCUGCCAUCUGUUUCAUUAGAGUGGCAGCCCCCCCCCGCCCCUUCAGCCACCAGGUAGAGCUUAAUUUAGAUUAGCCGUCAUUUGGCAGAUAUAUGGCAAGUAUCUGGGCAUAUGAAUUAAGGAUUAAUGAAUUGAGGACACAGCUGGUUUAUUGCCCUUAAACUAAGUCUGCACGCUGGGGGGGAUCCGGACACAAUAUGUGGACUGAGAGGGAGCUGGGGGGGGGGGGGGGGACAUCUGUCACCAUGAUGAAUCUGUCACUGAGAUGCCAUCUGUCACCCUGAUGAAUCGUGUGUCCGCCAACCGUCGCUGCAUCGCGUAACGCAGCAGCACAGCGCGACGCACCCUCUGUGAAUAGACCGGUUAAGCGUGGGGCUAAGCUGCCGUUUGAGUGAUACCAGCAGGGAACGCGAGGUGCCACCCAGGCCUUUGAGCAGCUUGUUGGAGGUGUUGGAUGGGAAGGCGAGGGCAGGAGUGACACCGACACCAGGGACUCUCCAUGUGAAAUACAUCUUUCAACCUGCACUACAGAGUUCUUUGUGGGCAGUCGCCGGUGGCUUGAGCUGAAGCUACAGCUUUAGCUACAUCACUCCUCAGACUGUUACUGUGCUAUGAGAUAUCCUCACAGUGGAAUGGGGGGGGGGG